AGUUUUAAGUCAAUCAAACGGCCGACAGCCAGGUGUGCAGCCCCGACAAGUCUUUGGUACCAUUAAAACUGUCAACAUGAAGCCUGCAAGGGAGGACAUCGUUUUCCAGGCUCUCCUCUUGAUCCACAUCCCCGUGGCCUGCUUCUUCACUGCAGUGUCAGGCCAGUCUGACAGCAGCAGCAGUGUGGUGGUGGCAGGGUAUAAUGUGAGCGCCCCUGCCGGAUCCAGGGUGGUGCUACAGUGUGUGAGCGGCCGCAUGGUGUGGACCAGGGACGGGGUGAGGGACAGACAGAGGGUGCUCCACUGGGACCUGUACCGGGACCGUCCAGACUACGCCAUGGAGAGGGUGGUGGACAUGUUCUCUGCGGGGGACCAGAGGAUCUACAACUCCUACAACAUGGGCAGGGUCAGCCUCAGCAAAAAGGCCUUCAAGGAUGGAAACUUCUCCCUGGUCAUCAAAGAUGUUACGAUGAAUGACAGAGGUCUGUACUCUUGUAACCUCCACCAUCUCUACUGCCACCUGUACGAGACAGUCAGAGUACAACUCAACGUCACGAAAUCACGUCGUAAAGAGCAGCGCUUCUGGGAUGGACAGAAGGCGGUGUUCGUGGUACUGCUUGGAAGCACCGUGGUGCUGCCGUGUGUCAACAGACGAAAUGUGUGGACGGACUGGAGCGACGAGGAGGAGGACCAGCAGGUGGUCCACUGGGACCGCCAGUCCCCAGGAAUCCGCCAUGACCGUGCUGACCGGCUGGUGGACCUGUACGCCUCAGGGGAGCAGCGCAGCUACGGACCCCUGUUCCUCCAGAGGAAGAUGAACAUCAGCAAUCAAGCCUUCUCAGAGGGAGACUUCUCACUCAGCAUAUCUGAUCUGCAGCCCACAGAUCAGGGGUUGUAUUCGUGCCACCUCCACCAUCAUUACUGUGGUCUACACGAGAGAAGAGAGUUCAUGGUCACAGUGGAGGCACCAGUGAUUCAGACCACCCAGCCUGCUAGAGCACUACCCAGUGAAGACAAAGACUCCACAAAGGUUGAGUCACCGCGAGUCAUCAACGUCAUUCUGCCAGACCAGAGACAUCACUUUCUCCUGCCUCUGGGCUAUGUCCUCACCUCCUUCCUCCUCCUGGCAUUCAUCAUCCUCAUCAUCAUCCUCAUCACACGCAGACGUAAAACCAAAGAGUUUUAUCCACAGCCAUCUAUUAGGUCUAGCAGAAGUCAUAGCAGCUCAGAUGAUUUUGAGAUGGAUGUCGCAGAGGUGAGGGUGUGCGCUCGUGAGCCGGAGGAGAGAGGAUUCGACUACAAGAACAACCUGCUGAAAGAGAAGGUCCACAUGAACACUCAGCCUAAAGUCAUUGAUCUUGAUAAAGAGAUGCAGAAAUUUUCUAAGUGAGAAAAUGACAAAAAAGAGGUCAAACCGGAGUCACUGGCUGGUCCAGAGGCUGCCCUCCAAGAAAAACACCUCCACACACUGCCUUGUGUCCUGGCAGGAGAGACUCCACAGAGAGAGAGAGUCAAUGUUUGCCAAAAUGCUUUGAUGUGAAAUGCAGAAAAUCACAUAAAAAGGGCUCAUAUAGAGACACCAUGUUUUCAAAAUGCCAGUGUUAGAAAGAAAAGCUGAUUUCAUUUUCUGCCAUUGUAUGAUCAAACCUGGGACAACUGUGCACAGGACCACAGCGCCACCCAGAGUGGAGACUUUUAACCAAGCCUUCGCUGUUAAAUGACGGGAGAAAUGUGUACAUACUGUAUGUUGAAUGAAGUUGACUCGUUUGUGAUUGAGUGAAGAUGAAUGCUCAGUUAUUACAGCUUUUGUUAUUAUUCCUCAAGUUAAAAAAAAACAUACUGAUGUUUUGCUUUUCACUUUGUUCUCUGUUUACUCACAUAUUUCAUCUUGGCUUUAUUGACCGGACUGAGGCACCGCUGAUGCACUACAAUCAGUGUGUGCUGCUUCCUGUAGGCUUUGAUUGUAUGCUGUAACUGUAACUGACAGAUGAAGCAGUUUAUUCUGAUGCUCAGACUGCAUUUUUCAUUUGUGGAAUUUCUUUUUUUUUGUUUUGUUUUUACAUGUAUUAAAAUUCAAUGUUUGA